GCUAGGGAAGGCUAAUCCCCACUUGCAGCAUCCGUGGGUCUGCGAGCUCGAGCUAUUAGUAGCUUGCGCACCACAACAAUGCCGCUCUCUCCAGAAUCCACAAAGAAAUUGCAACAGACAGUCGAAGCCGCGUGCGCGAACCCCACGAACGACAUUCCAGGACUGAGCGUCGUCGUCGUAGAUAAAGAUGGAAAGGAGCUGUUCGCGCACGCUGCUGGGAAGCGCGGGGUUAGCAGCUCUGAGCCGAUGGGGCUAGGAAACGUAUUCUGGAUCGCUUCGUGCACAAAGAUGGUCGCUGGAAUUGCCUGCAUGCAACUUGUCGAGCAGGGUAAGCUUCAUCUGGAUGAUGGGGAUGAGCUGGAGCGGCUCUGUCCCGAGUUGAAGAGCAUCAAGGUGCUGCAGAAGGAUGGAACACUGGUAGAAAAGAAUAAGAAGAUCACGCUAAGGAUGCUUUUGACUCACACGGCUGGCUUCGGCUACACCUUCUUCAACGACAGACUCCGCGACUUCUCGGCGCCCAUUGGGUUCGACGAAUUCUCCGGGCACAUCAAAGACAUGAUGCAGCCGUUGGUCCACCAGCCGGGCGCAGGAUGGGAAUACGGGGUAAACAUUGACUUCGCUGGGCUGGCGCUGCAGAGAGCAACCGGCAUGUCACUCAAUGAUUACAUGCACAAGAAUAUAUUCCAGCCGCUCGGUUUGAAGAACAUCUCGAUGUUCCCGACAGAAAGCAUGAAGCAGAAGCUGGCGCACAUGCACCAGCGAAAGGCCGACGGCUCAUUGAUCCCGCGAGACCAUUUACUGAGGAAGCCGUUGGUGGUUGAGGCUUCUGAGGCCUCAGAUGUUUUCAACAGCGGAGGGGCAGGAUGCUUUUCAACCCCCUCGGAUUAUUGCCAAAUAAUCGCAACCCUUUUGAACGACGGCACGUCCCCAACUACUGGCGCCCGAAUUCUCUCUAAAGCCACCGUCGACGAGAUGUUCACCAACCAAAUCCCGGAAUUCCCCGACUUCGCGCGGCAGGGCAUCCCAGACGCAAAGCCCGACCUGACGAACCCCAUUCCACAGAUAUAUCCUGUACCGGGCGACCCUCCGCAGGGCUGGGGUCUGACAUUCAUGCUCAGCAAUGGUGGUAUAACGGGGCGGUCCAAAAGCACUGGCUUCUGGGCGGGCCUUCCGAACUGUUGGUGGUGGUGUGAUCGAGAGAAAGGCGUUGGCGGGUUGGUUUGCAGCCAGAUUUUGCCAUUCGCCGAUGCGAAGGUGCUGGGCGCGUGGUUUGAUAUUGAGGCGCAAAUUUAUAAGGCUCUGUGAUUCUCUACGGUUUGAUUUGGGAGUUUCUUAUUGGUCGAUUUUUUCACUCUGCUAUCCAGGCUCCUUCUAAUGGAGUAACGCUGGCAGACACGCAGGACGGGCUGUAGAGAGUGGAGAAGUACG